UCUACGCUCCACGCCUCGUUCGGCCACAGAGGCGUCCAGAAAACCCGAGACACAAUGCCAGAACUACCAGUGCACCGGUCCCAAAACCAACGACCUUUUUCGGUCCCAACGGCUUUCUCCUCUCGUUUUCCUGAACAAUUUUCUCUUGCUUUCUCUCGGAGGAACGCGAAGGGUAAAAAAACAUGAGCGUGAUAGACAUUCUUUUCCGCGUCGACGAGAUUUGCAAGAGGUACGACAAGUACGACGUGGAGAAGCAGCGCCAGCUCAACGCCUACGGCGACGAUGCCUACGCUCGCCUCUACGCCUUCGUCGAGAAUGAGAUUGACGCUGCUCUUCAUAAAUCUGAGAUGGCUUCUACGGAGAAGAACAGGGCAUCUGCAGCUGCCAUGAACGCGGAGGUUCGUCGGACCAAGGCUCGAUUGAUGGACGAAAUUCCUAAGCUGCGAAAAUUGGCUCUCAAGAAGGUUAAAGGGCUUUCGAAAGAAGAACUAGUCAUCCGUGAUGAUCUGGUUCUUGGACUGGCUGAGAGGAUUCAAGUAAUUCCAGAUGGUAUCGCUACUGCAGCCAAACAGGCUGGAGGAUGGACAGCUUCAGCAUCCCAUAAGAAUAUCAAGUUUGACUCAUCAGAUGGGCACUUUGACAAUGAUUUUUUCGAUCAAACUGAAGAAUCAAGUCAAUUUAGACAAGAAUAUGAAAUGCGCAAAAUGAAACAGGACCAAGGUCUUGGUAUCAUAUCUGAUGGAUUGGAAACCCUGAAAAAUUUGGCUCAUGAUAUGAAUGAGGAAUUGGAUAGGCAAGUUCCACUAAUUGAUGAGAUUGAAACAAAGGCGGACACGGCAACAUCUGAUAUCAGAAAUGCUAAUGUCAGGCUCAAGAAAACUCUGACACAGUUGAGGUCCAGUCGAAACUUCUGCAUCGACAUCAUUCUGCUCUGUGUAAUUCUUGGUAUUGCUGCCUACUUAUAUAAUAUCUUGAGCUGAACUGAUUUCAAAGGCUUCUUCUACAGCUUACCAGAUCAUAAAUCCAUCUGGUACUAUAUCUUUCAUAUUUGAAGGCUUUCGGUGUAUAUUCAUUAUUGGAGGGCUUUCUAUGUAUCUUUUCAAGAUCAUUUGGUCUUUGUUUCUUUAAUUUCCUGCUGUCUAAAUACUGGUAUAACUUUUGCUGAGGAUGACAUUUGUUAAUUUCUAGCUCAUGAGAGUUUCAAGCUUAAAGAUAAUGAUCAAGAUACGUCUCUGUAAUAUGUUUUAACUCUUUUUCUUCUUCCACUAGAAAACCUUAUUUCUUUUA